UAUUUUCGAUUUUGCCAUGAUUUUGGUCGAAGUAAAUGGGCAAGUUCCGAUUGUUUUCUCUUCGAGCGUUCGAUAGAGAAGAGAAAGGUUCUACGUCUGCCAAAGAGGUAUCUGAACUCCAAAUCCAUCUUCGAGAGUUCAAUAGAGAAGAGAAAGGUUUUGCGUCUGCGAUAGAGGUAUAAAUCUGAACUCCAAAUCCAUCUUCGAGCGUUCGAUAGAGAAGAGAAAGGUUAUGCGUCUGCGACAAAGGUCACUUACCUCGUCGGAAGAGAGAUAUGAACUCCAAAUCCAUCGAUUUGCCUCAAUACUCCCAUCUCUCUUUCUAUCUGCGGUUCUUCAGACUGCCUGAAACAACACUUCUCUCCAAUCUGAUGUUGAUUGGACAACAAUUUUGUGAAGAAGGCUGGUCAGCACUCAAAAAGAAAUACAGUAGCCUUUAUGAGGAUGAUUUGGUACGAUAUUGCUUCUCUUCAUCUUAUAUUGUGGCUCUACUACAUGAUACUCUUGGAAUUUCAUUGGAUGAUCAAAGGCUGAUGUAGAUGGAAACAAUCGAUUAUAUUGAAUUUAUUAUUGCAACCAUGCAUAGGCACAAGCUAGAAAGAGACGAACAUCUAUAUAAAGCCUUCCAGCAUUUUGAUAAAGAUCAGAGAGGAUACAUUUAUGACAGGAUGCUCGGGCUGCUUAUUCUAUGCCGUUUAGAAGCUCCAUAGUUCAUAUUCAAAAAGAAUGGUCGUCGUUGGCAUGAAGAGGGGAGCGAAACUGGCUUACUUGGUAGAAGAGACCGUUGUAUUUGCAUUGAUGGUGGGAGUAGUUGGUUGUUUUUAUGUUGUUAUUUUUUACCAAGAUGCCCGUUGUCUGCCCGGGCAGCUUGUUAUUUUUUAUACUUGUUUAAUGGUGGGAGUAGCUGGAACACCAUUUGGUAGUAAGAAACAGUUGUAUUUGCAUUGAUGGAAAUGCCAAACAUCAACAAAAAUUGUAUUCUUA